CUUGUCAUCUGCCCCGGAUCGUACGAUGACAGGCAGCGCGACGUUUGGGUGGAGAUGUCGUAAGAUCGUCCACCAUUUUGUAAUGUUCCACGGCUAUCGCUCGACUCGUGGUCGCGUCGCGUCGCAUUCCGUUCAGCCGGCAAGGAAUGGCGCGUAUCAUGAGGGUCGGGUUUAGUUUUAUUCCCGGGGGUCUGGCAGGGCGGGGGUCUGCGUAUCGUUAGCUUGGUUCCGCGUUGGACAUCGGGUGUAUUGAUUUAUCGGACGAGACCAGGGGCUUUGCAGCUCGGCGGCUCGUCCCUCGAGCGGGUCGGGCGUCGGUGUCGGCGUGAGUGCGCUAUAGCUGUAUAACCGAAAAUGACGACCUGCCUACCAAUGUAUGCAGGAAAUGUAUGGACAAUGUAAAUAACUGGCAUAUAUUUAAGUCUGUGUGUGAAAGGACACAAAACAAACUAGAAUCUCUAUUGAAUAAAGAUGGCAACCAACUAGAAGAGGUCAACAUAAAAAGUGAGCCAAUAACUGAUGAAACUUAUGAUGAUGGAGUGGUCAUUGAUGGUUCCUACCCAGACAAUGAGAAUGGCACCAAUUCGGCCAAACUACAACCAGAAGGCCCACCAAUCUUGGCAUCAUUGGGACUCACGCCAAGGAGUGAUAAGGGUGUGGAGAGUGAUAAAGAGGAAGAAGAUGAUGAACAAGAGAUAAAUGAAUCAACGCAAUCUUUUUCUAAUAUCGCUAUGCCUGAAGUUUCUAUUACCGUGAUGCGGCCCACAGGUGAGACAUUACACGCUCGCCAAGGUAUCCAGCAAUUAGCUUCCAAAGAUUGCCUCGUUUGUGGCCGCUCUUACAGGUACUCUCAUAAUGCUAGGCGACAUGAACUUACCGCUCACAGUUUUGAUAGGUACACCAACAAAAUAACAACCAAAAAGUCUCACACACACAUGCAGCCCAAACUAAGACCUAAUCCAUUUAAUCCAAAGGCACGAUUAAUACCCACUCACAAGAUGCAACUUAUGCCAAAACCAGUUCCCAAAUUGAUACCACAUAAGAUUCAAGUGCCGCCGAAACCAAUCCUUAUUAAGGCAUCUAAAACUCCUCAAAACAAUCUGCCUUAUCCACUUCGUAUUAAAGCAUUAAAAGAUUUACAAAUAAAGAAAAAGGAACCUCAGAUUUUAAAAACUUUACUUACAUCGAAACCGGAGGUGUUAGUUUCUGAACCUGAAAUUCUGAAUUCCGGACCUGAAAGUCCGGAAACUUUAAUAUCCGAACCAGAGAUAUCUUCUUUUCAAGUAGAGACUAUUUUAUCUGAGCCUGAUGCUUUUGAGCCACAAGGCGAAGAGGAGAUAGAUGGUGAUAAUCAAAUUCAAAAUUAUGACACAGUUGACAUGGAUUCCGAUAAUGAAAUUGAAAUAGCUCGUCAACAAGAAAAUGACGGAGACGAAGAUGAAAAUAAUAUAGACAAUGACAACGAUGACAAUAUACAACAAGAUGAAAACAACAUGGAUAUCGCCCAAGGUGACGAAAAGGAUGAAACAGAAGAAGUUUCUGAAAAAGAAGAAAAUAUGGCAGGUGAUAACAAUGAGGAGCUCAAAAGCGACAAUGACAAUAAAGAUGAAGGCGAAGGUGAAGAACGAGAAAAUGAAGAACAAGAAGUAAAUCAUGAUGAAAAUGAGGACGACGAUGAUGACGAUCUUCCACCUAUGGAAUUAGCACCUGUGGUAGAAAUAAACGAGGACUUGCAAACCAACUCAUAUAAUAGUGAGAUGAAUGAGGAAGAAGAAGAACUUGAUGAGACUGCUGAUAUAAAUGAUAAUGAGGGUGAUGAACCAAUCAAAGAUCUUGAUCCAGAUAAACUUUAUGUAACAAAAACACAAAGAGAUUUUAUUACUAAAUAUCGGGAUAUCAUAGAGCAGAUAAAUACUAAAAGAUGUCUUUGUUGCGAUAGAGAACAUCCUCGUAGAAAAGCUGUGAUUCAGCAUUUGCAGAAAAAUGGACAUAAGGUUCCAAAACACACAUGUUAUAAUUGCGUAGUGACGUUUGGACAUAUAGGAGCAUUGCUCAGUCAUAUGAGAUCUAACACCUGCACAGAUUUAUGGAAAAUAAUUUACAACGAAAAUGGUAUAACAGAUGAUUUGGUACUCGAAGAUGAACCAAAGGAUAAUAAAGUUCAAUAUAAAGAUAUUUUUAAUGCUAGAUCCUACGCUUGCAAGUUAUGUCCCGCUAAGUUCCAAUUGAAACAGUUUAUUAUGAAACACGUUUUGGACGUUCAUGAAGAUGGACAAUCAAGGGUUCCUCUUGCAUGUGUACAUUGUGGAUCGCGAUUCAAGGAUAGGAGUUUAAUUAAGAAACAUAUUCGGAAUGGCGAAUGUACAGUAUAUAUUGCCUGUGACUUAUGUACAGAGAAAUUUGGAAAUAUGCAAGAUUUUAAUGACCAUGCAUUAGCUGUUCAUGCAGGAAGCUUUGAUCAAGGUGAUAACCAGAGUAAGUGUGUUGAUGGACGACCAACAGAUUGUCCUAUAUGUGGAAAGAAGAACAGUAGCUAUCCAAAUUUGGUAAAACAUUUGAAAAUUAUUCAUAAUGAAGAAACUCCUCAUUACUGCCAACAUUGUGAGUCUAAAUUUGAACAAGCUGCUGAUCUUAAUAAACAUAUUUAUAUGGAACAUUCUGACAGAACUUUAGGUGUACAAACUACUGAACCUGAUAUGUCUCUUGUAAAGGAGGAAGCUGAGGAGUAUCAUUACUCUUGUACAGAAUGCAACGCCAUUUUUGAAACCGUUGAUGCUUGGACAGACCAUCAAGUCGCUGAACAUAACCAAGUUGCUCAUCAUUGCGAUCAAUGUGAUAAAAAAUUCUUGCGACCGUCUGAGCUCGCUGAACACAAGAACACUCACUUGCGUGUAAAAUUCUAUCCUUGUAGUAUAUGUACCAAUUCGUACAGUACACCUCAAAAGUUAUCUGAACAUGUUCAGCAAGUACACCCUGGAGUUGGUGUUGGUAUUACUCCUGGCUUUCCAUCCUUCUGUGAGAUUUGUGUGAGAUCCUUUAAAAGUCGUCAAGCAUUCUCCAACCACAUGCGUAUACAUGCAAAAGUGCCUACUACAAAUAGAAAACCAGGUGAAACCAAAGGAUUUGCACCACAGAUUAUUGGAAAACCAAUUAGACAGUUUUCAGCAGUACAACCUGGUUUUAUUUUCAAGCCAAAUUGUAAUGUUCCCAAUGCUCCUUACUCUUGUGAUAUUUGUGGCAAAGGAUUUAUGCAUAAGAAAAAUAUUUGGAAACAUAAGAAAGUUUUACAUGCUGAUCUACUUACUGACAGAAAUGAUAGUGAAGAAAAUACUAUGCAGGCAUCUACCGAAGAAGAUGAUUAUAAUGUCGAUGAAAAUGGUGCAAUUUUAUCCACACCACAGUUCAACAGUUUUAAUUUUGCCAACUUUAGUAACAAUGUACAACAAUCACCUGAGGACCCUAUGCCCUUCUCAUGUGAACUUUGUUUCAAACGGUUCCCCAUUGUAACUAGUUUGUGGAAGCAUAAACGCGCCAAACAUGGAAUUAUUAAUGCCAGUACUGGUGGCAAUUCUGAAACUCAAACAUCAGCAGGCGAAGGUAGUAGUAGAUCGAGUUGCACUAUAUGUAAAAUCUCAUUCUCCGAUAAAAAAUCUUACUAUCGUCACAGAAAAAAUGUUCAUAAAUCUAGUGUACAAAUGUGCAAAAUUUGUGGUAAACCUCUGAGUUCAACAUUAGAACUUUAUGAGCAUCUGAAAGCUGCACAUGCGCGAGAACUUUUGGGCUAUAAUGCUAAUCAAGGGUCUAGUAAGACUCAAGAUAUGAAAGAAGAAGUUGAAGUGGAGUAUGAUUCUGUUGAUCAAGAUUCUGUAGAUCCAAAUGUUGACUAUCAAGCUCGCUAUCCAUGUGAUACAUGUGGUAAACAAUUUGUUGGGUUGCUCGCAUUACAAAACCACCAAUGUAUAAAUCAAAUUCAGUCGCAACCACAAACUUUUGAUUGUGAGAUUUGUCACAAGAGUUAUACGUCAAUCGCAGCCCUUAAAAGUCACCGUGGUUGGCAUUUACGUUCCCCUGAUGGAAAAGCAGCUGCAAACAAUAGCGGAUUAUGGAUGCCGCAACACAAAGUAACUAGUAAGAUUAGCAAACAUGAGGUCGUGGACCCUGUUCAACUGGCACGAGUCCAACAUACGACUACUCCGACUUCUACAGUCGUCAAACGGAAAUUACCUCCAGAAGUGGAAGUUACUGUAGUCAAUCCAAAUAAGAAAUUGCGUUCUGACGAUUCCUUAGAAAUGGAGCAACAAAAUACGUCAGGUAGCUUAGACGACAGAUAUUGUACAAUUUGUGAUAAAGAAUUUACAAAACGAGCGGCAUAUCAACGUCAUAUGGACGAAGUUCACCAGCCUAAUUCGGUAUUUUGUCCAGUCUGCGAGAAAAGUUUCACUAGAAAAUCUACUUUACUCGUCCACAUGAAGAAACAUUAUGAAGGUGGUCAAGGUAGUUCCUCUGGUACUGGUCAAGGUGAAACUGAAGAUGAUGUCCAUGCAUGUGAUCUAUGCGGCGCUCAAUACGAUAACGAAAAGGCUUUAAGAUCUCACCGUACGAGACACCAUGGUGAAGAAUCUGAAGAAUCGGAAGACGACGGAGGGGCGCCUAUAGCUCAACCUGGGGAAUUUACAUGCGCCCAGUGCGGUGAUGGAGUGGCAACUCCUCGCGAUCUGAUCGCGCAUCGCUCUAUGCACGCGACUCCCACUAAAUUCUUUUGCAACAUAUGCAAAGUGUACUUUGCCAGAGCUUUAGACUUAUCAUCUCAUACUCGCGCAAGACAUUCUGACAACGAAAAGGUUUUUUUCCCUUGCGCAAUGUGUGAUCGCUUCUAUAUGAACAAGAAGAGUCUGCAGCGACACAUAGAAACAUCUCAUUGAUUCGGAACAAAGGACAGUUCACAGUGAUAUUUAGAAAUAGGGGCAUUUGUUUCAAUUAUAUGUUUAAUUGUACUGCGCGGGCUGAAUUGUCGUCGACACAGUAGUCCAAUUUUUUUCUAUAGAUGUAAAUAAAUCGAUAUAAAACCAAGACUUUUGUGUCCCAGUUUGACUGUGUGGUGGGUGAAUAGUGUAAUAGAUGUGUCAUUCCCUAUUAUUUUGUUUUUUUUUUAUUAUUAUUGUAAUCUAUAUUAUUUUUUCAUUUAUUACUUAUAAAAUAUGGUUUCUAGUUCUUGCUCAUUUUUAAUUAUUAAUUUAUUCUACUGGUCUAUCAAUUGUGAUUAUGAAGACUUGUAUGGUUGGUGUACAAACUGUAAUGGCUAAUUUUACAAUAAAUAUUGUCUUUAUUAAAAAUGUACGUAGUACUUAUCAUAAUUUACGAAUACAAAUUAUGGUAUGUAAAUUAAAUAUUGUAUGUAUUAGUUUAUACUAUAUUGAUAUUAUCAUGGGCCAAAAUUUUUAAAGUAUAGUCAAUAAUCAGUCAGUAACAUACAGAAUUGGAAGAUUUCAAUACUUCGUUCACAUGUAUUUUGAACAUGAAUAUGUUGUUAAUUUUAUUUUAUAUCGUUGAUCUUAGUUUAAUUUCACUUUUAUUAAUAAAUAGUUAGGUACAUUUACUUUUAUCAUGUAAAUAUUAUCUAUAAUUAAUGCAGUUUGCUAAUGAUUUGAAUUCGAAAAAAAAUAAUUUUAGUUUCUAUUAAAAUACAAUGUACUGAUUAUUUUUAGUAAUUGCAAGUGUAUAUUUUAUAUAAAUUAAAUGUACCACUAAGAGCAUAUCACCUCAUCUAUGGUGAAACAUUAUUACGAAUGUGAUUUGUUUUAAUUAUUGGAUAUGGCCUAAUAAUUAAGUCAGGUUUACAACACUAAGUUUUAUUUAUGCAUAUAAAUUUAUCACAUACUCAAUACUUAAGGCCAUUUUAAGGGUUUCAAUCAAAUUCAAAUAAUUACAUGACUACAUGUGUGUUUUAUAUUAUAUAUCAUGAUUUUUGUUUGACGAUUUAUAAAUAUACUCUUGACUGUUUACAAAUUGGUAUGUGAAAUCAUUUACGAGGUACAGAUUGACAACAAUUUUUAUUUCCAUCAUAUUUUUAAAGUAUAUGCGUAAAAUUGAUCUCUGUUACACUUUUGAAAUGUAGUCCUACAUUUCUACAUUUAAAAUAUCAUUAAUAAUAUUCUAUAAUGUACUGUACCACUUAAUUUAAAAUUUAAACUUGACAAUAAUUUUGAAUACCAGUAUUGUAAAUGUUUUUAGUUCUAUUGAGAAACGGAACUUAGUUAUUACCUUUAUAUUUUUUUAAGCGUUUCCACAUGUAAGUUUUGCUAUUGUGAGUAAAUUUUAAUUUAAAACCUGGGAUAUAAAUUAUUAUGCAAAAAAUAUCUAAAAAAAAGGACAAAUUACGUUUUUAAAAAACUUUAAAUAUCUACAUAAAUUUUGUUGCCAGUUGUUUAUGUAAAAUAUAUUUAUAUAAGUAAAACUUGCGUAUAUGAAUGUGGGCUAUUAGUUAUUUUAUCAUCAAUAAAUAUUUGAAAUCAGAUUUACUGUAUACAUAUAUUGGAUUGUGCCAAAUUGAUUUUUUCCUUUGCUAUAUAAAACUGUAUUAUGGCCAAUGGGAAUGCAUUGAGAAAAUACUGAUGCGAUUUUUUAUAAGCGUACUAGAAGCCAAAAGAAAUAUUUUUCGAGUUUUUGUCUAUAUCAAAUUAUGGUAAUAUCUGAAUAUAAAAAAGUGGUGCAUCUUUCAUUGUGAUACACAAAUGUUGACACUGAGUUUUAAGUAGGUCUAUUACAACAUGCUUACACUUGUUUCGUAUUGCAGUCACUACCGGUUGUUAAACGGUAGGUAUUCAAUGGAAAACGUGUAUUCUAUAUCUUGACAGGAUGUAAUAAAUCCCGUGGGAUUUACUUCGCAGAAGCUAGUUACAAAGACUACUACAUUAGUUUAGACGUGUAAAAAUGUAAAUUGAUCAUGUACAGAAACAAUACUUUUAAUUAAGAUCGCAUUUAUAUAUUAUAUAUAAUACGGUAUGUGUUAAGUAACAUUUACCUGUUUCAUACAGUUUUUAAUAUUAUAUGUUUUUAAUUACAGUCUGUAAGCAUAUUUACUGCCUAUCUUCAGUUUAUUGUGAAAAUCGCGUAGGAACGCAAGAAAUUUUGCUGGAUGUUGGAAACAGCAUGGAACAAUUGUAUUUUUUUCUAUCAUGUGAGAUACAUAAUUCUAUUAUUCUUAAUGAAAAUGAAAGAGAAUAGUUAUUGCAGUAUUUUCUUACGAGAUUUUCACAAUUUCGUGACGUUAUAUCGUUGAUUUCGAACGAUUAAUGUCAAUGUUUAAUAUAGUCAAUUCUCUACGUUUGUGUUAAGGCGCUGUUUUCGUUAUACUUUAUAAAGAAGGCGGGCGUAACGGGCUUUAUAUUUAAUUAUAUUUGGCUUGUAUUUAAUUAACAUGAAUAUUCGUGUACGAAGAAAGCGCUUUGUCACAGAACGACACUGUCCAUAGAUGAGGUUUUCUUUUGUCAUCUUUGUGGUUUGAUUAAUAAAGAGACUUAAAACUUA